AUGGCUCGUGAACGAACGGCGGCAACGCCCGACAGCCAGUCCACUGUCGGGGAAACCCCUUCGGGAGAGGCAACACCGCUCCUCGGUAACGAAGUAACCGACGAAUAUAUCGUGAGCUGGGACGAGCAUGAAGAUCCCGAACACCCGUACAGCUGGCCUCGAUGGCGUACCUUGUCCAACUGCCUCCUCAUCAGCGGCAUGACGUUCCUAACGGCGCUUGCAUCCGCCAUCAUCGCUCCGGGCGUCCCGCAGCUAAUGGCCGAGUUCCAGAGCCAGAACCUCCAGCUGGCCGCCUUCGUCGUGUCCGUCUAUAUCCUAGGUUUUGCCGCCGGACCGCUGGUGACGGCGCCGAUGUCCGAGAUCUACGGCCGGGUGGUGGUCUACCACGUCUGCAACGUUGGCUUUACGAUUGGCGUUAUCGGAUGCGCCUUAGCCCCGAGCAUUGAGGCUCUGGUUGUCUUCCGCUUCAUCAGCGGAACCUUCGGGUCGUGCCCCGCCACCAUCGGCGGCGGCUCCAUCGCCGACAUGGUGCCUCAGGAGCGCCGGGCCUCCGUCAUGGCGGGCUAUACCGUCGGAGCGCUCUUUGCUCCCAUCCUGGGGCCCAUUCUCGGCGGCUUCCUUACCGACGCGCUGGGUUGGCGGUCGAACUUCUGGCUUCUGGCUAUCGCUGGCGCGUUCUUGACUAUUAUGAUGAUGAUCAUGCUCCGGGAGACCUACCAUCCUUACCUGCUCGAGCGUAAGACCGCUCGGCUCCGGAAGGAAACAGGUAAUAAGCUACUGCGAUCUAAACUGGACGCGGGUCUCACGCCGAGCGAGUACUUCUUGCGUAACAUCAUCCGUCCCGUUAAGAUGCUGACCCGAUCGCCCGUCAUCAUUAUUAUGUCCCUGUUCAUUGCCAUUACUUACGGCUACAUGUAUCUGAUGUUCACCUCCUUCGCCCAGCUGUUUAAGCAAUACUACGGCUUCAGCACCAAGAUGCUAGGUGUUGCAUUCCUAGGACUCGGUGUCGGCUCCUUUAUCGGCGUCGCCAUAUUCAGCGCUACCUCGGACAAGACCGCCAAGAGGCUGGCGGCCGAGGCGGAUGCCCGAGCUGACGCGCUUGGAACUGAGAAGCAAGGCAUGAAACCCGAGUAUCGCCUCCCUCCCCUGCCCUUUGCUGUGCUGUGCAUGGCAUUUGGGCUGCUCGUGUAUGGUUGGACGGCGUACUACCAGAUGCACUGGAUCGUGCCUAUCCUGGGCACCACGUUCAUCGGUAUCGGGCAGCUGGUCCUGUUCCUGUGCAUCCAGAUGUAUCUGAUCGACACCUUUACCGUCUAUGCCGCGUCGGCCAUCGCCUCCUUCACGGUUGUUCGAUCCGUGGCGGGCGCGGUGCUGCCGCUCUGUGGGCUGCAGCUGUACGACACCUUCGGCAUCGGUUGGGGCAAUACACUUCUCGCCGCCGUCUGCCUGCCGCUCGUGUUCGUGGCCGUGCUGAUGAUGAGACAGAGGUUGCUACGACAAGAUAUACCUGUCGCAAAGACGACAAUCCCCAUCCCCAAAGCUCAUGCCUAUUCGAUCGCCGAGUACAGCCCCGUCGGCACGGCAUUCCUCAUCAUGGACUACAGCUAG